AUGGUCAAACGCAUUCUAUGUUAUACUGCUGUUUUAGUGUGUUUAAAUAUCGUAUAUGGAACACCUGCCAAAGGCCUAUUUUGUCAAGAUCCAGAUACUGGGAAACUUUACCCAAUAAACUCUACAUGGCAAUCCGAAAGCUUUUGUGGCAAUUACACUUGCAAACUUAGAAAGAAGAACAUUACUGAGACUGAAUAUACGCCAAUAACAAAAGUAAACAUUACAAAAGACAACUUGAACAAGAAAAACAAUAUCUUACAAGACGACAUGUCAACAAGCCCGAGUGAGAAUUCUUUUACUGUAAUAAAAAACGUAGAUCCAAUCAAACAACCCGUCUUUAACAAAGAUAAGUACAAGAUUGAUGAAAUAAACGCUGAUAGUACGGAUAGAUAUUUGACAGAAUCGGAAAUAAGUACGAUUACUGAAAUACUUCAUACCGUUAAAAAGAGUGACUUAGAAGCUAUUAUCGAAAUAUAUAACCUAGCUCAGGAAAUUUAUGAUGAAAUGGAUAGCACAAAUGAAAAAUUAGUGAAAAGCCCUUUUGAUAGUUUAAGAAUUGGUGAGAAUGAAAAUAAAAAAAAUAAAAACAAGGACUCUAUUUCAUAUUGGUAUGAACCUUUACAAUAUGGCAAUAAAAAAUUAAAGGAUCUUAAAACUGAAAUGACUAAUGCUGUGUCUGUCACUAAAACUUACCCAAAUCCAACUACCUAUUUCAACAGACCUGUGCCAGAUAAAGAAUUAAUGAAAAUGCCGUACUACUAUCCAGUAUCAAACUUUCAGAGAAUGUCAUCAUAUAUACACAAACCCUAUAGUAUACCACAACCAAUUAUAGAGCCACCAAAACCUUGUAAUAAACAUGUCUACCCACCUUGGUAUUCAAGUAAGCCAGUCAUUCCUCAACAACCAAUGCUACCAUAUCCAUUUUCUUAUGUACAUCACUACAAUAUGAGUUACCCAGCAAGUUUUUAUUACAAUAGCUUUCCAUGGGCUCAAUUAGAUAUAUAUAAUCGUAACAAAAAUUACCAACAGCCUUAUGGCACAUAUUUCCGGCACGAAAUUUCAAAUGCUGUACCUGAAGAGACAGAAGUAAAAGACGUGGAAGAUGAAAACGAAGUUAAAGAAGGAAACAAUCCAUUAGAUGAAGAAACGUUAAAAGUACCUGAAUGGCAAACUGAUGAAAUACCAAAGAAUGUGUUAGAUGAAGUUAAAGCAAAUAUUGUAGAAAAAUCUAAACUGCUGAAACCAUUGUCUUUAAGGAAAAAUAUUAAAUUGGAAAAAGUUGGAAAGGUGAUUAAGCUAGACGAAUUGUUAAGAAAAAAGAGGAAUAUUAUCAGCAGUGAUACUGAUGAUGUUGAAGGCGAUCAAUUUGAAGCUCAUAUUGAAAGAACAACAUGUGAAUCACUUUCGACGGAGCCAGGUUACUUUAGAGUUGGAAACGCAUCUGAGCCGUAUCCAGCUUGCUGUCCGCAAAAGAUACAAAAGAUAAAUAACCGA